ACCAACCGCUCCACCGCUGUCUGUUGCUUAACGUCAGGGACCAAAACAUUAACGCAUGCGCCGUAACCCGCCGCGCAUCAGCUCGGUAUAUGAGAGCGAACGCGCAUUCCGAAGCUGUUGAAUGUUUUUUAAACAGUCGCAGAGAUGGACGAGGCGAACGGGAGGAACCGGGCGAAGACGGACUCUGGCGCGGAACGGAGGAUAUCGGAUUCUGGCAAAAACAAAAGGGAAUCAAAGGAGAGAGUCACAUUAAAAAAGGAAAUCGGUUUAUUGAGUGCCUGCGCUAUUAUCAUAGGGAACAUCAUUGGCUCAGGUAUCUUCAUCUCUCCAAAGGGGGUUCUAGAACAUGCUGGCAGCGUGGGCUUCUCGCUGAUCGUCUGGGUCCUGGGUGGAGGCAUCUGUGCUCUGGGGUCUCUGUGCUAUGCCGAGCUGGGCGUCACCAUCCCAAAGUCAGGGGGUGAUUACUCCUAUGUGACGGAGAUCUUCGGGGGCCUGGUAGGGUUCCUUUUGCUAUGGAGCGCAGUGUGGAUCAUGUACCCCACCACGCUGGCUGUAAUCGCCCUCACCUUCUCCAACUACGUGCUGCAGCCGGCUUUCCCCAACUGCCUGCCUCCAUACAUCGCCACACGCCUCCUCUCCACCAUCUGCAUUCUGCUGCUGACAUGGGUAAACUGCUCCAGUGUUCGCUGGGCUACACGCAUCCAGGAUUUCUUCACCAUUGGAAAACUGCUUGCCCUCGUACUCAUUAUAAUAGUGGGCAUGGUACAAAUUUGCAAAGGGCACUACGAUGCGCUGGAGCCCCAGGCAGCGUUCGAGUUCAUCCGAGAGCCGUCCGUGGGCCAGAUCGCCCUGGCUUUCCUGCAGGCCUCGUUCGCCUUCAGCGGCUGGAACUUCCUCAACUAUGUCACAGAGGAGGUGGUGGAGCCACGCAGGAAUCUGCCGCGUGCAAUCUACAUUUCUAUUCCUCUGGUUACACUAGUGUACACACUCACCAAUAUUGCCUACUUCUCCUCCAUGACCCCCGAGGAGCUGCUUGCAUCCAAUGCCGUUGCCGUGACCUUUGGUGAGAAGUUACUGGGGAUGUUUUCCUGGGUGAUGCCUAUCUCUGUGGCUCUGUCCACAUUUGGAGGGAUCAAUGGCUACCUGUUCACGUCCUCCAGGCUGUGUUUCUCGGGAGCCAGAGAGGGUCACCUGCCCUAUCUGCUUGCCAUGAUCCAUCUAAAGAGCUGCACGCCCAUCCCAGCUCUCCUAGUCUGUUGUACUGCAACCAUAGUGAUUCUUUGUAUUGGUGAGACCCAUAAUCUGAUCAACUAUGUGUCUUUUAUAAACUACCUGUCAUACGGUGUCACCAUCGCUGGCCUGCUGUACUAUCGCUGGAAGAAACCCAAACUGGUCAGACCUAUUAAGGUGAAUUUACUCAUUCCCAUCAGUUACCUGGUAUUUUGGGCAGUCUUGCUAGGCUUUAGUCUGUACUCCGAGCCUGUGGUGUGUGGCAUGGGCCUAGUCAUCAUGCUCACCGGUGUGCCGAUCUACUUCAUCGGAGUGCAAUGGGAAGACAAGCCACGCUGGAUCUACAUGGUCGUGGAGCGUGUGACGUAUCUGGGUCAGAAGCUGUGCUACGUCGUGUUCCCUCAGAACGACCCCUCCGAGACAGAGCCUCUUACGGAGAAGUCUGAUCUCUGAGCAUUCCAAACAUUCCAGGGAAAAUCCCCCACUUUAUGUUUCUGAAAAACACAAACAAGCAAAAUAAGCCAUUUCUGAGUUCCGUUCAGUGUUUCUUUCCCCCAAUAUGGAUAAUGCUUCCUCCACUGUGCUUUAAGUGCCUGUAGACAUGAACUGCUGGCAGAGUAAGUGCAUUUUGUCUUUUUCUUCAAAUAAUCCCACCAUUUCUGUCUCGUGCAAACCUUCCGUUUUUCAGAAGAAUCCAGUUCCCUCCGCCCUGAUAUCACUCCUGCCAAGAGACCACACUGUGCAUGUACUCCCCUGUGCAGUGUGUGUGUGUGUGUGUGUGUGUGUGUGGUGUAGGAGACCUAGCUCUGUGACAUUCAGUCCAUUCAUACAUUCAGACAUGCAGUGUAAGAGCGUCUGUGGCGUCACAUGGUGUGUGUAAGUCUAUAAUGAGGAUUGUUAGCAAAUACGUUUCAGCUCUGUAUCAGGUGUCCUUAAAAGCAUUCUGUCUAUUCCUUAAACAUGGUGUCAUUUCUAAAGAUAGAUAUUUCAUCAUGAUAUACAGAAGCAAGCACACACAUAUUUUUGCAGUAUAUGCGUUCUUCAAGUUGUUUGUGCCCGAAAUGCAAAUGGUGAGUGGUAUUUCAAAUAACAAAAAUCUUAUCCAUACCAAAUGGAUAAGUGAAGGGAUCCUUAUAAUCUAUGCAAGAGGACAUACCAUUUCCAGAAUGCGUAAUGUGUAAAGAUGCCAAGUAAAGCAAAUACAUAUAGGCCUCCUAGUUGGCAAAUACUGUUAAUGAACACACAAACAACCUUGGCAAAUGAGUGUAACUUCCCCUGGUUCAUAUUUGAGCUCAUUUUAGGGUCACUUGUGAAUGACAGGACAUUAUAGUUUGUGUAAUAUACUCUAUUGUAUAUUGUAUACUCUAUUGUAUAUUAUAUUAUUAUUGUAACAAAUCUGUUGUAGUAUGAGGACAAAAUUACUAAUUUAAUGGUGCAAAUGCUUAAUUGUCACAGGUAGAGACAAGUAUAUACUGCAGCUUGUAGGAUCAUGGUCAGAUAUUAAAGGAUAGCAUAUGGAGUCCUUAUCAUGACAGUAUGAGAUUUAGUAUAAAUGUUAACCGUGUAGUCUGCCACCACAUUAUCUGUAGGAUACAUGCUCCAGCUUUGGGCUUUAACAAGAUAUGUGUUUUAAUUAACGACUUUGAAUAUGAUCUAUGUGUAUUUAAAUUUCAUUAACUUCCAACAAAAUGUUUUUUUUUUUUAAGAGCACAUUUACAUUUUGGUUUUUGUCAGGUCAUCAAGUUGUCUUUUCAGACUAGUAGUCAGAACAGGAACUGCUAUGUUCUGACAUUUCUGGUUCAUAAACAUUUUGUGUAUUCUGUUGUGAGAUAUAGAACUAAAAAAAAAUUUGUUUUGUAUUAAGGACACCUGAUGUGUGUGUGCAUGCAUGUGUGUGUGUGUAACUGGUGGGGGGAGCUCAACUAACCAGGCCUUUAAAAUCUAAACAUCCAGCCAUGUGCUUCUCAGAGAAAUUGCACUUGUGCAGAGCACAAAUAACCACUUAGUCACUUUAAUAUGAUGUUAUAGUUUAGUGAACAAAGCUCAGUGAAUGAUGCAUCAUAACGGAUCUAUGCAACCAGAUGUUUUAAACAUUAAGGUAUGUUUAAAACAUACCGUUCCAUUCUAAAAUGGCAAGGCUAAUAUCCUGGUAACAUACCUGUGUUUAUCACAGACACUGCUCCCCCCACUGGAACUGCCAAACAAAGACUGCACCAUUCCAAGCCCCUGUCUCUGUUGUAGUAAGGGUAACUGACUCUUAAAGAGACUUUUAUGGAAGUGUACUUUAACAAACACAGAAUAGCCCUUGUUCCCCCUAAUGCACUUAGGUAACCAAUAUGUGCUUUUCUGAUGGUUCGUUGGCCAUGCAAUGGAAUGUGUAUGGGAACUGAAAAGGGCCACUGUUAUAGACUACAGCAGUGUUGUCAAAUACUGGUCCUAAACUGGUCCCAGCGCCACUUAGAUCACUCCUGCAUGUCACAUCCCGACUGGAGACCAAUAAGCUAAAGUGAUCUUUGCAUCCUCUACCCAACUGAAGGUCAAUUAUUGCUAAUAUCUCACAGCCCAGACUGACUGAACCCAGUGGGGGUUUUUUUAGAGACCAUUUAUUGGAGGUUAAGUCUAGUAGUUGCACGCCCUCUGCUGUUCAGACCUGCACAUGGCAGGAAAUGACCAGGCGACACUUCUCAGUGUGGCCUCAGCCUGUGUCCACUCUAAUGCACCCAUCAUCUUAGCAGCACUUAACAGUACUGUUGAAAUUCACACAACAGUGCAGACUUAAGAUGUGUAAAUAUUGUUUAAAGCUCCAAAAGAAAGACACCAUUCCCGAGACAAAUUGAGUGUAAGACAUUCAUAAUAUUUGCUAUAAAAAUUCUUUUUCUUUUUUUGUAAAAGAUGUACAGGAUGUGCAUGCAUAACAAUAAAAGCAUAUUAAAUUUACUUCCGAAUAAAAAAGUAUGAGUGUUAUGUUGUGUGCAAGAAUUAUUGAAAAUAAAAGACUUCGGGUAAACGUU